UAUGGCGGAAUCGCCAAGAAACAGGAUGUAUACAACUAAGCUAAGUCUAAGAAGUUGUAUAUUUUAAAUUUAUACUAAUGAAAGAAACCGAUUUUGUGAAUAAAAGCCUUAUGUAAAUUUUUUUUUCAAGUGAAUGAUGCAAAAACUCCAUUAGAUUCUAGAAAGAAAAAGUUAUAAUAUGGACACAUCUGUGGAAAGCAAUAUUUUUGCUCUUGAUGUACACAUGAAAAAUGCAUCUUCGUCAAAUGUCAAAUUUGACAUAAAAUACAAGAACUCCCACACUAGCUCAUCAUGCAUGAAACACAAAAAAGCGGGAUGUGAAAGUAAUGUCAAAGCCAUUACUUCAGGUGUAAAGCCACAGCGACCUAAAGAAUGGGAGUUAGAUGUACGUCCCCUAAUUUCUUCCAAAAAAUGGCUACAAAAUUAUGGCCUCAAAAAAAAUCGGCUUCAGUUAAACCAAAUUUUACCAACUAUUGGCUUUAAGAUGAGUGAUGAGUUUGACGAGUCCCUUAAAAAACCAGUUAGUUCUCGUUACUGUGGUGGCAUGUUUCAGCAGCUUCUUAGACCUGAUGGAAGAACAUUUAAUGUUAGCUGCUCCAAAGAGAAACUUAUCCAGCUGGAAAAAAGGUUGACUCAGAUUGUCAAUCUUUUAAAAAGGAGAAUGGAAUGGCUAACAACAGAGAGCAGAAGAGUGUUUGGUGUGAUAGAGGAAAGGUCAAUUACCAUUGUAUUAGACAUACAAAAUAUGCACCCAGAAGAGUUUGAUCAGUAUAAAGUAGCACUGGAAAAAGUAAUUCGGGAACAGGUUUCACAGAUAGCCAAGUUUAAUUUAAUCAGAGCAAGUGAAGAGAUACAACAGUUAAGCCCUGAAUGUGUCCCAGUAUCAUAUGACACAAUUGAAAAAGCCAUUGAUUGGCUCUGGAAUUUGGACAGAAUGGCAGCUGUAGCAAAAACAUCUAGCUCUGAGGCUGUGUUGAAGGCCUUUGCUGAUCAGCAUACUGAAGCAGUUUACUUCUUUACAGAAAGCACAUCUAUUGAAAGUGGUAAAGAAAUUCUUAAAGAUAAAGUCAUGAACUCACAAAGAAAAGUCCCUGUCCAUGUUGUUUCAUUCAAUUGUGACUCAUCAAGCACAAUCACAUUUCUCAAAGACUUCACAAAAAUUACUGGAGGAAGAUUUCAUGCAUAUGGGCUUUUAAAAGAGCUUGAUGAUUUUGAGGAAAACUCUAAAGAUGGCCCUGUAAAUCAAGCAAACACAAUCCUUAAGCAUAAAACCAGUGGUGGUUUGCCUCCAGGUGCAGGAGUCAGGGAAGAUGUGAUUCUUAUAUUUGAAGAGUUAGAAGAGGCUCGCAGUAAUUUAAAUCAGAUCCGUUCACUUAUUGAAAAAGCUCCUGAACCAAAAAAGAAUAAUCUAAAAGAGGCUUCCUUAGACCAACCAAACAGACCUACAACAUUUAAAGAAGAACAAAACAUGACAUCUAAGGAAUGGCUGGCUGUAUAUGGUUUGGAAGCCAGAAAACUUGCGCUGGAUGACAUUUUGUCCCGUGUUGCUUUCAAACAUCAAGAUGGGGUCAUUAACUGCAUGGUUCCAUCAGAAUCCCAAACAAAUGCUAUAAUUUAUCCAAAGCUAGUUAAUGCUCGCUACUGUGAAAAGUUCCCAAUAGUUAAAUGGAAAAAUGGUGAAGCAGUUCAUGUUCAAGUCACACCAGAAAUCUACAGGAUGUAUGAAGAAAGAGUCAAUGUUGCACUGGAUAAAGUACAACAGAGGAUUGAUUGGCUGAACAAAGGCAGUAGAUCAUUAUUUGGCACACUUGUGGAGGAUCAGAUUUAUCUUCUCAUAGACAUCUCAGCCUCCAUGAGACCAAGUAUUGAAUUUAUUAAAAACAAGUUGUUUGUUCUCAUGCAGGAACAGUUGCGGCACAAGAAGAAAAUCAACUUCGUCACUUUCAACUCAAAAGCCAACUGCUGGAAGGACAGACUGGUCGAUGUGUCAGAGAGCUCGCUACAGAGUGCCUGGGCCUGGCUGCAAACUGUGACCUGCUGGGGCUCAACAAACACCUACGCUGCUCUACAAAUUGCCUUGGGGGACCCACAGACCCAAGCUAUUUACUUGCUAACUGACGGAAGACCUGACCAACCCCCAAAGUCAAUCCUAGCACAAGUCCAAAUGAAGAAGAGCAUCCCUAUCCACACCAUCUCCUUCAACUGCAAUGAUGUUGAGGCGAAUCAAUUUCUGUACAGUCUAGCAGCAAUUACUGGUGGGAGGUAUCAUUACUUCUCAGAGACAGGGACACCUGUUGAUGAACCCCCAGCCUGGCAGAGCAUGGAUGUACAAGAGUUGAAUGAUGAAAUCAAGCGUGGGCUUGAAUAUUUGAAAAAACUGGCUGACCUAAGGAACGAAUGCGCCAGCUUGGGUUGGAGAAAAGAAGCUGCUCAAUUGAGAAGUAGUCUACAAUCUGCAAGAGAAUCCCAUGAGAGUUUCCACUUUUCGACGGGCUCGUUACUGGAUCUUAAAGACAACUACAGGCCAGACUCCCCCGCCAGGCCUUCAAGCACACCUUUAACAACAGUGUCAUCACCACACAGGCCCUCUAGUGCACCUACAACUCCAAGACCGUCCAGUGCACCUCCACCAGUUUUCUCUUACAGUCCUCGCCGCUUCCCCACUCCACCAAAAGUGAGACCCAAGUCUGCCCACACUCGCUCCCAUGAAAAGCAGACGUCAUCAUCUGUUAAGCUCACAGCUCGCCAGAGAUCAAGCCAUCACACUUUUUCAAAGACACCUGUAAUUGCUGGAAAAUCAAUAGGAGAUAGUGGACAUACUCGAACAAGUAUUCUUAGGACACUGACCAGCAGUGGAAGAUUUUCUCCUGGAGAAUGGCUUUUACCAGAAACAAAAUCUUUGUUUCAAAUUCAAGCAGAAAGACAGAAGGAAAUUACAAAGCAACUGGAAAAGAUUGAGAGCAAAAGAGAGAAAAACACCAAAAAACUGUUAGAAUCUAAGCAGAAAUCCUCUAAACAGUGGCUAAGUAAGCAUGGAUUAAUUGCCCAACGUCUGACAAUUUUAGAUGCACUUGCCUCAACAUUUGUGCCCCAUAAACCAAAAUAUGUCUCUAUAAUAGACAAGCAUGUGAUGUCAAAAGUAUUUGAUGAAAUUUUCCCUAUAGCCCAUGUGUCACGAAAGCAAGAAAUAAAACUCGUCAAUCCUAAUGGAGUUGACUUAGUAAUGUAUGAAAAAAAAUUGACAGAAGCUAUAGAAAAAUACAGAAAACGUCUGAACAAAAUAGUUUGGAAUGCUCUACCUGCAUCUGCUAGAAAAGAAUUUGAUUCCGAUAAACCAUUUCAAGUUGAAGGCAAUUGUGAAAAGCUCUUUAAACUUCUGGAUGAAGCAGGGUGGCCAGUUACUAGAAAAGAUAUAACUCUUUUGAAGGAUGAGAUCACCCAUGCUGAGAAAUUUUUACACCAGUCCAAAGAACUUCGUAGGGCAGCAACAGGAGAAGAUGAAGAAAAUGAGGUUGUUGUCAAAGAAAUGGUUAUAACCCCCGUUCGAAACAGAUCACAGUCUCCAAAAUCCAAUAGAUCCAGCAGCAGCAGAUCCAAGUCAGAAGGAAGCCCUGAAAGGUCUAGGUCAGCUGACUCACGCAAGUCCAGCAUUGACAGCCUGGACAGGUCACGGUCCAUCACACCAGAUUUUCAAAGCACUGCACGUAAAGUAAAAGAAAAAGAGAAUUUAAAAGAAGUAAUGAAAUCAGUAAGCAGCAAAACUGAACUACACACAGAUAUAAGCAAGAAGAUUCGCAUUAAAUUAGAUACGUUGCGGGGCCAAACUGUUGUAGCCAGACUUGAUGAAGAUGGACUUUAUUACCCAGCUGUUGUAGUAAAGUGUCCUGAUCCUCGUCAUGCGGUGGUGAAAUAUGAUGGAGAAGAUGGCAAGAUAGCCACAGUUUUGACAAGAUAUGUUAUACCCAUAGGCGGGGCCGUAUCUAGACCCUUUCUUUCAGCUGGUGAUUGUGUCCUAAUAAGAGUUGUGAAUUUAGACAAUGCCAAAGAAUGCUACAUUCCUGGAUGUAUAGAGGCAAACACUGCACGGAAGUGUGGAACCUCUAAAUUCUACUCUGUAACAAUGUUUAAUGGGCAAAGGUCCUUGGUUAAGAUGAAAAAUUUGAUAAAAAUAAGCAAGGAGAGAUAUGAGUUGGCCAGGAUGUACAUAGCUAUGCAGUGGCAAGAGGAUGAAGAUUCGACUGAAGAAGAAUUUGAAACUAUUUAUGAAGCACCAAAAAGACAACGACCAGAUGACAGAAAAAGGCAUCAGAGAUCCCCUUCACCUGUUAGUGUUAGUGAAAGCAGUCGCUCCAGGACCCCAAGCCCAUCCACUACCCGCUCUAAUAAUCCAUCUUCUACAAUAGAGAGCUCUAGGUCCAUUCCACGUGAAGAUCCUUUUUUAAAAGUUGAUAGUGCGUUGGAGAAAUUACAAGAGCUUUCACAAAAUCUAGCAGAGCAACAGAAAAAACAAGAAAAAGACAGCAAGAGACUGAAAAGCAUGAUAAAAAAGCAGGGAAAGCUAAAAGUAAAACAAAAAGAAGUCAUAGAAAUUCGAAACCAAGAGACAGUGAAGGAGGUUAUACUAAAAGAGAGUAGUAGGACAGCAGAAGAAAGCUGGUACCAUGGUUCAAAUGAUGAACAGUCAAUGUUGAAUCUGAGGAAAUCGUUGCCUCCUCUUCAUCCCAAGCAAGACGUGCUGGCUAGGUGGUUGGAUGACGGCUGGUAUUACAGAUGUAUGGUGCUACGUUGCCAUGGUGAUUACAGUUAUGACAUACAAGACACUACAGGCCUAAUAGAAAGGAUCUGGAGAGAGGAUAUCAUAACAGAAGAAGAUAACAGUGAGAGAAAAUCAGAUAACAAUUUUAACAUGGUAAACAAACAUGUCAUUGCCUUGUUCCCUGACUACCGCUUCAGUUACGCUCCUGGGAUAGUUAAAAAAGUGCAUGAUUACAAAAUAGAGGUACAAUUUUACAAUAACAAAACUGAUUUUGUACCCAUCAAUGAGGUGUACAGUAUCAACUAUGUGAAGUAUGCAGAGGAUGUUGAAUACAUCAACAAAAAAGACAAAGAAUUGGUUGGAAUGGCAGUUCUGGUGAGGAAUGACAACAAUGGUGUCUAUUAUCCAGGCACUGUUAAAAAAAUAAAGGAUGGCUACACCUAUGAGAUAGAGUGGGCAGACGGAACAACUGACACACAGGAUGGCAUCCACAUCUUUAGCGUGUUCAGGCGAAGACCAAAAUUACGAGUCAACGAAAACAUACUGGCAUGCUACAACCCAAAUACUGUAGAGUUUUUGCCUGGUGUUCUUAAAGGCAUUGAUGAAGAUUCACUUACCGUGGAGUUUUGUAAUGGAGAAAUAGUAGAAAGUGUUGAUCAAUCGCCCUGGUAUUGGUUGAAUAAAGACUACUAUGAAGAGGCCAAGAGAUACUACAAAAAGCACUAUAAUGCUUAUAAAAAUAAAAUGAAGACUAAAGCUGCUUCUAUUCAACCUAUAGUGCUGAAAACAAUUCAUUUGUGAUUCAGUCUUUGUUUAUGCUUUAAUGUAUUAUGUAGUUCAACAUUUUUAAUUAUAAUUUAAUUACAUGAAUGCUAGGCUGAUGAGCAAAGUUACUGAUUUAACAUCAAUAUCCAAAUAUUUACUUUUAUUAUAAAGAAAAUUUAAAUUACAAAUUAAAUGAACACUUAUCUUAACAUUUUAUUAAUUUAUUAUAAUUUCAAAAGAGCUUUCCUUUUUUAAAAGUAUAUUUAUAUGUAAAGAAUGAUUUUUUAAAUUGAAAUUCACUUUAUAUAUUUUAAAACUAACCAAUCUAAACUGUUGUAAAUAAAUUAAGGUUUUGAUUGAGAUUUGUUUAAGAAAGUGGGUGCAGUUAGAAAUACAUACUCUUAAGUAUUUUUUACUACCAAUUGUUGUUAUGUUAAUUCAUGUAACUUACAUUGUAAAUCUUUUUUAUAAAGAACAUAAUAUGAAUUGUGUUUUGCUCUCUUUUAUGUGUUUUGCUCUCUUUUAUGCAGCUUUUUGCACAACUUUGUAUUUAAAUUUAAAAGAUUUUUAUUUUGUAAAUAGGCCUCCUGUCAAACUUUUUAUCCCUAAUUUAGUUCUUAAUUUUUCAUUAUCACUAAUAAAAAGUAUAAGGUUAACUUAAAUUGUCUUUCUUUUUUUUCAUAAAGAACAUAAUAAUUUUUUCAUUCUUCUCUCUUGUAUGUACCUGUUGCACAACAUCCACAAUUUUAUAUUUAAAAAUAACAGUAUUUUUAUUAUAUUUGUAAAUAGGCAAAUCUUGAAGCUUGUUUUUUUUUACAAUUGAGCUAGAAUUGUUGUGAUUUUAAUUCUUAGACAUGCUAGUUGUUAGAAGCUAUUAACAAACACUUGCUUAAAAGGUUGUUAACACACUUUCUGUGAUAAAACUUUUUUUGGUAUUUCUUAUACCUGUGAUUUUUUAAAUAGUAUUAAACAAUUUUACAAUAAUAUUUGAAUAUAUUCUUCUACUAUAUUCCAAAGGUAUUUUUUAAUAGCAAGUUGUCUAUUCAGAGCUAUAAUAAAAACAAAGCUGUGUUUUAGCAAUGUCAUUGAACUCAAAUAGUUGAUGUUAAACUAAACUCACCAUCUUUCAAACCAUUUUGGUUAUUUUUGCAUUUCAGGAGUUAUCUAACCUGUAUAUCUUUUAAUUAAUAAUGUAUGAUUUUGUGUAGGCCCACUUGUGAUUCCAAUGAAAAAAGGUCUCCAUACUUCCAGCAUUGUUGUCAAAACUUUUCUUUACUUCUAAUUGUCUGGCAUAGAAUGUGCUGGAUGAAAGAAUUGGACAACAUGAAGGUCUCUGUCAGAAAAAUGUACCUAAAACAUACCAAAUACAGCCUGUGAAUGAAUCUUAGUUGAAUGUUUGGCUUGAUAAUGGAAUGCAUAAUUUGAAUUACUUUAAAUGGUAAUUGACUCUGUUUUUUCUUUUCCUUUUAGCAGAUAUGAUAAUAUGAUUUUAAACACUUUCAUAGAAUAGUAAAAUGGAUAUAGUUCCAUAAUAAUAUAGUAAUCAAUUAUUUUCUUAAAGAUGUUUAGGAGAA